UUUUUUUUUUUUUCAAACGAGAGUUGGUCCUAGAUUUAUUCAUUUAUUUAUUGUAAGAAAUCGAAAUACUCUCAUGUCCUCAAUCCCCUUCAAUCUCUCUCUAAUCUUCUCAGAUUUCGACGCUUAUUCUAUUCAAUUUAAUCGAAACAGAGCUUCAAAAAUCCGAGACCUAAAUGGGAAUUCCAUCGACGAUGAGGGACGCUUGGGCAAACCGAACAAAUUCGCAUUUGAUUGCUUCACCCGCUGAGGAUCAGAAGAUUCUGAAUUCACGCCGUUGCACUCAAGAGGGUGUUCGAGCAGGAGUGAAGGCAGCUUCCAUUGCUUGUGUUGCCAGUGCUGUGCCUACUGUAUGUGAUCUUUAUCACUACUUUCUGUAUUCACUGUGUAUACAAUUUCUGGAUUUAUUUGGGACAUUUUACUGGUUUAUCAGUACACUUUCAAUGUGGGUAUUUGGCAUUCAUAACUGUUCAAUAACAAGAUUGAUUCACAUAAAAACCACCAAAUCGGUAGGUAUCAUUUCAGAUAGAAAACAAUCACUUGCUUUAGGGGGGCCAAGCGAGAAUUUUUGUUGAGAGAGGCAAAGUUAUAACUUAUACUCAACUUUUUCCUAUUUGACAAUCUCAUGUUCAUUAUCUUAAACGAAGAAAAUCCCAAAUAUAUGUGGCCAAUGUGGAAAUUCCGGAGGAGCAAGAACAAAAUUUCAUUCGGGCAAAUCAAAAAUAAGUUUGAAACUAUCGAUAGAAAUAAUAUUUGGACUUUUAGUGGGGAUAAAUUAAUGAUUAAAAAAAAAACUAUAGGCAAAAAUGAUAUUUUCAAAUUUUUAGUGGGGGAACUUUUGUUUUUAAAACCGUAGAUAAAAAACUCAUUUCCCCAAAGCACAGGGGCAAUUGCCUCCACUUGCCUUAUAAUGUGUUAAUGUAAAUUGUGUAAAUGUAAAUUACCACUACCACUCACUCCACCUACCACCUCCACUUCACUCCACCUACCACCUACACC